AUGACGACAUCUAAACCCAAGAUUCUAGUAGUUCUCACCACUGCAGACAAGGUCCCCAAGACCGGAAAGCAGAUCGGAUGGUAUCUGCCCGAGCUUGCUCACCCAUUUCACGUUCUUAACCCUCUCGCCGAGUUAGUCUACGCGACUCCCAAGGGCGGCGAGUCUCCACUCGAUCCUGUGUCAGUGGAGCUCUUCAAGGAUGAUCCCGUAUGCAAAGACUUCCUUGAGAACCACGAGUCAGUUUGGAAGAAUACUCUUAAGCUCAGUGAGGUUGCUGGUCGAGCCUCAGAGUUCGACGCAAUCUUUUACCCGGGGGGACACGGUCCAAUGGUAGAUCUUGUCGACGAUGAGCACUCCAAAAGUCUCCUUCGUGACUUUCAUUCUCAGAGCAAAGUUAUCGCAGCUGUAUGUCACGGACCAGCUGCUUUCGUCAAUGCGACGACCGCAUCGGGUGAGUUGAUCUUGAAGGGCAAGCAGGUCACAGGCUUUGAUGACGUCGGUGAAGAGAUGUUUCAAUUUACAGAGGAUAUGGACUUUAGUCUAGAGAAGAGAUUGGGCGAGGCUAGUGGUGGAAAGUAUGUCAAGGCUGAUGAAGGUCCUCUUGCGGAGAAGGUUGUUGUUGAUGGGAAGAUGAUCACGGGCCAGAAUCCAGCGUCGUCCAAAGGUGUCGCUGAGGAGAUCGCCAAGGCGCUUGGAUGCAACAGCACGACCCGACAGAAUCCGGGGUGGAGUCUACCCCGCGCUAUGAGUGAGAUUGAUAGGUUGAGAGCUCGAGUGAAAGAGCUUGAGGGACAACUCAGAGAUGUGAGUGUCGCGACACCACCAGACGAGGACACCCCGGAGAUCGUACCGAACGACCCGUCUCCAAGCUUCUUAUAUGCUAACGAGGGAGUUCAACUCGAUACUACGAUGACGAUCCAGUCAUUAGGCCCCAGCACUCAGUUCUAUGGACCUUCAUCCACGUACUAUUUCAUUCAUUGUAUUAGCCAGCGUCUGAAAGCCAACAGUGGAGCCUUGAACACCGAUCAAGAGCCUCACAGCUUGAUACCCAACUCGGCAAGCAGAUGUAUGAUGAACGUCAUCAAUAUUCCCGACGCCGAGUUGGACCAACACCCAAUCUCAGAUAACGCGAUACCUGAUAGAGCGACGCAUGGAUUGACAGACACAUCUCUGUCGGGGAAAGACUUGUCAGCAACUCAAGGGGCCUUUUUCCUUGACCUCUUCUGGGACUCGUGGCACUGCUGCUACCAGCUUCUGGACGAGGCAGAGUUCAAGGAGCACUAUAACUCGCUAUGGGAUGACCCAACCGGUGACACAAGAAAAGACUCGCCUCUGGUCGAUAUAGUAUUGGCAUUGUGCAUGCAGUUCGGCGUUACGUCAUUGCCACGAGAAAGCGGUUACAAGGUAGAGAUCAACUCUCGCGACGCAGCUAUCGCGGGCCGUUGGCUCUACCAGCGUUGCCAGAGACUGAUAUCGUGUCACUUGGAGAGACCAACACUAGAGACCUUCCAGUGUCAAUUGUGGUCUGCGAUUUACCUAGCAAAUGCUUCUUAUCAGAAUAUGGCGCAGAAUAUGCUGGGGGUUGCAGCGCGCACAGCAUAUACGUUGGGGCUGCACAUUGAGCCAGGGAGCGACCUACCCGCCAAACAAAGAGAAGCACGAAAGCGUGCCUGGUGCAUUAUGUUCAUGUUUGAAACGAGAUCAUGUAUCCGAUUAGGUAGGCCUUGGGUCUCCCAAACCCAGCCAAUUUCAUCAUUAUUGCCUACCAGUGAUCUGGGUCAUGUUACCGCUGGCCUUGAUCAGCUGAGAUACACCACCGAGAGAGCUAGACUCUCCGAGAUAGCUCGAUCAGCCUUUGACCGUCCGUUCGAAUUCCGAUCGAUCGACGAAGCUAAGACAACGAUCUCCGAUGGUCGAUCAAAUGCAUAUGCUUCGGGGAUGGACAGAAUGCGCGCUUGGGCUCAUUCUUUGCCUCAUUUGCUGAAGACGCAGAGACGGAGCGGUGGAAUGCCUCUCUCAACAGACCUCUCAGAAAUUGAGAUUGAACAUUUCGUGCCACUUUCAUUGCAAAGACAACGCUUGAUGCUUGAACUAUUCUACCACGAACUGAUGCUAACACUUGGAAGGCAUCCCAUAAGCCAAUCUUUGACUCGUGCUGGAAUCAGACAAACCUCCUCAUCCCAUGAAGUGGCAGAUAUCUCAGUUCUACACGCAGCAGCAACGACGAAGCUCCUACAUCAGGUGUACCAAGAGUAUGAUAUCUUGAAUGGAUGGUACGAGCCGUUCAACUGUCAAUGGAACGCCGCGAUAACGCUCGUGGGAUAUCUCUUUGCAUACCCCCGAGACUGUCCAACGAACACAAUCGCCCGCACUGCUCUGUCGCAGAGUAUUACGGUCCUAGAAAAGAUGGGCGAGUUCUUUGGGACAGCUUCAAGCGCGGCUGGCGUGAUACGAGCACUCCAUCAGCUGCUGAACAUGACGGCCGAAGUUUAUAUGACGGCAGACAGCAUCCCUGACACAGUCCAAGACAUGGACCUCGCUGGCCUUGGGGCUUUGGACCUAUCCUUUGAGGGUAUAUUAGGGACGUUUGGGACAGAAUCUGAGUUUGAAAGACUUGGAUUUGGCAUUGACAUGCAGGACUUCCUAGCUAACGAUGCUGAGAAUAUGAGUACAGCGUAA